AUGGACGGUGAAAAGAAUGCGAAGCCGAUGGGGACGGAGGAUAUAACCAAUAAAACUGGAGUAAAACCUACGAUGUUUGUGAAAGUAAAUAUGGAAGGAUAUUGUGUUGGAAGAAAGAUCGACUUGAUGGCUCAUGAUAGCUAUGAAUCUCUCUAUCAUGCCAUCAAAAAUUUAUUCUACAACUUUCUCUCUAUUAAUUACUCCAAUAACUCGGAUGAAGAAGAACAAGAUAAAGCAACCUCUUCUGAUUUUGUUCUCGUUUAUGAAGAUCAUGAAGGUGAUAGAAUGAUCGUGGGAGAUGUUCCAUGGGAGUUAUUCCUUGCCUCUGUGAAAAGGCUGUAUAUUGCCUAUAAUCCUAGUGCACAAAGGAAAGCCGAUAAAGAAGUAGCUGGAGAUCAAAACUAAGCAAGUAAAAGACUAAAACAAAGCGAAGAGAGAAAGGAAGCAGUGUAUUCUAAACAAUUUUCUCGCUCAUUUUGUUAUGUGGCUUUCUUUAUCUUUGGUUAGUCGGAAGUGAGGGGCUAAUAAUGUAAUUCUAUCAGUUUGUGAUGUGUAUCUAGCGCUGAGACAUGGAGGCCUUGGUUGAUGCAAUCAAACAAAUAUGUGCCAAUCUAGACUUCAAUAAUAAAUUAAGCUUCAAUUAGCAAUAA